GAGAUUUGGUAAGUGUAUAUAUGAUCUCAAUGAUCUUCUAGAUUUCCCUAUUCUCAUUCCACCCUCAUCACAUCCUCUUCACUCACUCCAUCGAUCCUACAAACUCUCACUUCCAACCAUGCAUUUCUUCAGCACUCUCGUAGUUGCAUCAGCCUUCGUGGCCAGCGGCGUCCUCGCUCACCCCGGCCAUGAUACCCGCCAUGAAAUCGAGGAGCGCGCUGCAUUCAUGAAGAACAGCAAGCGUGAUCUCAGCCAUUGUGCUGCUAAGAUGAAGGCUCGCGGCCUCGAGGCUCGCGCCAUUCAAAGACGCGCUGCCAUUGCGAAGAGCACCCGCGAGAAGAGGGGCCUUUCAACCAGCGCCCCUUACCUCCGCGCAAGAGAUGCCGCUUCAGUUCUGAACACAACCCAUCUUUCUAGCGUCAACUACACCCCUCUCACCCCGGAGACCACCCUUUUCUCCAGCAUCAACUCCUGCAUCCUCAGCCCCGAGGUGACUCAAGGCCCAUACUACGCCAGCGGGGAGUACAUCCGCCGCAACCUGAUCGAAGACCAGGAGGGCGUCGAGAUGAUCAUCGACCUCCAAGUCAUCGACAUGGCCACCUGCGAGCCCGUCGUUAACAGCAUGAUUGAUUUCUGGCACUGCAACGCCACCGGCGUCUACUCCGGCGUCGUCGCCUCCGGCAACGGCGACAUCACUGACACCUCCAACCUCAACGCCACCUUCCUCCGCGGCCUCCAACCCACCCAAUACGACGGCGUCGCGCAAUUCACCACCGUCUUCCCGGGCCACUACACCGGCCGCGCCCCGCACAUCCACGUCCUCGCCCACUUCAACGGCUCCAUCCUCAGCAACAGCACCUACGGCGGCGGAACCGCCUCGCACGUAGGCCAGAUCUUCUUCGAUCAGGACUUGAUCUCCCAGGUUGAUACUGUGUCGCCGUAUAGCGAGAACACGCAGCCGCUGACUACGAAUGCCGAGGACUCUAUCUUUUCGGAGGAGGCGGCGACGUCGGAUCCUGUGGUGGAGUAUUCGUUGAUUGGUGACACUAUUGCGGAUGGUAUCUUUGCUUGGGUUUCGUUUGGGGUGGAUCUUACCCAGCAGUUUACCGUUACGCCUGCAUCGACGCUGACGGAGAAUGGUGGCGUGGCGAACGCUAAUUCCGGUAUGGGUGGUGGUGGACCGGGUGGAAACUCGACUGGUGGUGCUCCUCCAUCCGGCGCUAUCCCAUCUGGUGUUGCACCCUCUGGCGUGGCUCGCGUUUAAGAGGUUUACACUCGGUUCAACGGUCCAGAGUUUGCUUGAGGUAGACCCGUCGGCCUGUAUGUAGAUAGUCCUUUAUAUUUCUUCCUAUAUUAUAUUAGAUAUGCAGUCUCUAUAUAUAUGCUCGCAACAACAUCAUCUAACUUGUGGUAUCCCAAACUCCAAUCUAUGCUGUGCGCCAAAAAAAUCCAAAAAAUCUGCCCACAACCAACU